AUGACAGAUGAUUAUUCAAAAUUAAAGAGCGAAAUUAUGGAUCUAGUAUCAGAAGAAUUUUUAAAAACUAAAGAUGAUAUUAUAUCAGUCAUGAUUGAAAACAAUAAAUUAAAGCGAGCAGAAUUAGUUGUUGGUAAUGAUUCAUUACCUCCACCACCUCCAACACCAUCAAUAGUAAAGAUUGAACAUACAACCACAACCUCCAACAUUGAUGAUUUACCACUACCACCACCAAUCCAAGAAGUAGAAGAAGAAGAACCAACUCAACAAAAUAUAGAACAACAACAACAAACACAAGAUGAAUCAGAUGAUUAUUAUAAAACAGUACACCCACUUGGUGUUCAAGAUACUUAUGAGGAUGAAGAAUAUUUUUCAAGUUAUUCAAAAAUUAGUUUACAUCAUGAAAUGGUAUUUGAUAAAAGAAGAACAGCAGCAUAUUAUCAUGCAAUUUCAAAGAGUAAAAAUAUUUUCAAAGAUAAAGUUGUUUUAGAUGUUGGUUGUGGAACUGGUAUUUUAAGUUGUUUCGUUGCCAAAGCAGGUGCAAAAAAAGUAUAUGCAGUUGAUGCAAGUGAUAUGGCACAUAGAGCUGAAUUAAUCGUUCAACAAAAUGGUCUUGCCGAUAUUGUAACAGUGUUUAAAGGUAAAUUAGAACAUAUUGCAUUUCCAGAAUAUGUUGAUGUAAUUGUAAGCGAAUGGCAAGGUGCUUUCUUAAUUUUUGAAUCAAUGAUUGAAUCUGUAAUUUAUGCACGUGAUAAUUUAAUGAGACCUGGUGGUAUCAUUUUACCAUCGAAAGCAUCAAUUUAUUUAUCACCAAUUAAUGUAGAUUCAUUUUAUAAUCAAUAUAUUAAUCAAUGGAGUAAUGUUUUUAAUUUAGAUAUGUCACCUUUAAUACCAUUUGCACAAGAAGAAUUAUUAGAAGAAAAAACAAUUAGAAAUUAUUAUGUUGAUAAUCAAGAUUCAGUUUUAGAUAAACCAAUUAUAUUAAGAACUAUUGAUUUAUCAACUAUUACAAUUGAAGAUUUAUCAAAAACUGUUAAAACUUUUGAAUUUCAAGUACCAAAUGGUAGUAAAUAUCAUGGAUUUGGUUCAUGGUUUUCAGUUUGGUUUGAAAAUUUAGAUGAUGAUGAUGAUGAUAAUGAUAAUAAUAAUAAUAAUAAUGAUAAUAGUAAUGAUGAUGAAAAUAAGCAACAAUUUGCAUAUUAUACAAUCGAUAGAGAUGGUGAAUUAGUUAAAAGUACUUAUCAACAAUAUUCAAUAGAUAGUAAAGGUUUAACACCAUUGUUUUUCAAACAAUCUUCAAAUGUUUUAGAAUUAUCAACUGCACCUGGAACUGGUGAUCAACAUUGGAAACAGGUUUUAUUCUUAAAUUCAAAGGAAAAAAUUUUACAAAGUUCUGAUAAACAACUUGAUACAACCUCAAUUAAAGGUACUAUUCGUAUUUUACAAAAUAAAGAUUAUAGAAGACAUUGGUGGAUUGAAAUGUAUGUUUCUUUAAAAACAAAUCCUUUUGAUUAUAGUUAUCAAAAAUAUUUAAUUUAA